AUGAAACCUCACUCAGAUUCCAAUUCAGAACAUGAAGCAAUUUUACUGGUGAUGGUGAUGGUGAUGAGAGUACACGUGUCACGUGUGCUUGUAAGUUUUGACAUGAGCUCUAAGGAUUUCAAUCUGAUUGAAUUACCCCUUGAAGCUGGCAUCACGUGGGACACUCGUGCCACCAAUCUGAUGAAGUUGUAUAGAGGAAAAGUUGCUGUCUUUGACUACACCCGUCUCUCGAGUGAAGGUAGUAUAGACCUGUGGGUUGUGGAGGAUGCCGGGAAGAGUCAAUGGUCGAACAAGAAGACUUUUGUUGUGCCUAUCUCAGACAUCCGUAUCGUCCUCCAGGGUGACUUGUCCAUUCAGGGCACCAGUCGUGAGGGUGUCAUUAGGUGCUUCCUUAACACUUACUCGUCAUUGCACAUCCUUUACGAUUUGGAGACUAGUAAGAUCAUAGGAGGGGUUGUAUUAUGCGAAUUGCUGGAUCGCCCUUUUGAGACCGAGUCGUUGCAUAUGAGUUAUUGCGAUAUUUCUGAGAGCAUUAUGUCUUUGGAAGCUUGA